AUGGCCUUAACCGAUCAACUGUGCCUUGGUUUCACUAUUUUAACAUUUCUAUCCUACAUAGCCAUUGAUGUGGUGCUUCAAUUACAAAUCCCCUAUAAUAGUAUUGGACUACCACAAAAAGGUUUGAUAUGUCCGAAUCAAUACAUCAAAUACACUGAUUCGUUUGAUAUUUAAUGUGUAUCUGAUUGCAAUCAAAAAGAAAUCACCAAAAAAUAAAGCAUUCAUAAGCAUUUGGCCAAAAACAAUCAACCAAAUUUCAUAGCAUGUAUAUUUUAUUAUAAUGUAGAUGAAAAUUAAAUCUGCUUGCCUACUCUAGAUCAGAAAUUCUAUUAAUUAUAACCAUAUGUUGAAAAACCUAUUUAAAUGUACAUUAGUUAAUCCUUAAAGUAUGAUUCCCUAGUGAUAAUAUGCAUAAUUUUCAUUUCAUUAGCCAUUAUUAAUGGGACUUUGGCAUUUUACAGAGAUUAUGCAGAAUUCAUAGUAAAGAUUUCAUAAAUAGUUUCCAUGGUUCUCAGCUUUGCUAUUAUUUUAAUUCUGCUGAGGAAAUACAGAUCAGUCCAAGAGGCCAAUGAAUUGUAUAAUAAUAUUUCUAUUCCUUUUAGUUUAAUUUCCAAUGAUUCCUAAUACGAUUUAUCACAAAUGGCUGCUAUUAUGAUGCUUAAUAAAAUGGACUUGGUUUAUUUGGCUUUGAUGGCUUUUAUGAGUCUUUUAUUGGGCUUUUUAAUCAUUAAUUAUUCAAUGGAUAGACUUCAAUUUUCAGUGUUUCCACUUACUCAUUGGUUCACAAUCUCCUAUUAUAAGGAUUAUUUGAAUAAUGAAUAAAUGGAUCAAAAUGAAAAACCAAAAAAAUCAUCCUGGCCAUUGAUCCUAUUUUAAAUUAUCAACUUUAUCCUAUUUUAUACUAUUAACAUGUAUGUACUAAUCAUUAAAUAUUCUAGGUCUUCUUUGUCCAUAAGUUAAGAGUCCUCUCAAUACGCAUUUGGAGAAACCUCUAUUGUCUUUAACAUUGUUUUGCCGACUCUUUCAUUUAUACUUUAUCUAUACUUUGCUAUUUUGAUUUCCCUAAUUUCAGAAUACAAUCUUUAUUAAAGAUAAAAUACAAUACUUCCUUAAAUAGGCAAGGCAGGAAUUCAAGCAGCUAUUUUAAUUAUCUUGUUCCCAUUGAACUUUUUAAGGAGUUUUCUAUAAUUUUUUGGAAAGGAUAAAUUUUCAUACCUAGCAUUUACAACCCUCAGAUAGGGCUUUGAAUUAAUGAGAGAGUAAAACCAUAAUAUGAAUGAAUAAGAAUUGGGCGAAGUUGAAUUAAGGUCUAAAAUUAAUUUAUGUAACAAAAUUGUUAUAACUCUUUAGAUGAUUAAUUGAAUAAGGUUACUCAUAUAAUCUCAGUUUGUUUAGCAUUGGCCUGCAAUUUUGUUAUGCUCAUUUUAUAAUAAAAUAUUCCAGCUCCAUUUCUAAUUUCUUUGUUAGCUUACUCCAUCAGUUACACUUAUUAUAUCCCAAUCGUUUCCAGUCCCCUUAAGUAUAGUUUCUUUGAAGGUCAGAAUGAAAUGGACGAACACAAGCAGUAAAAUAUGAAAUGUCUUUUAAGACUUUUAGAAUAAAAUUAAUAAUGA